AUGGACAUUGUUGAGAGAAAACAACCAAGGGGAGGAGCGUUUCUAAAUCUGCUUGAUUGGCCUGGCAAAUCAAGGAAGAAGCUUUUCUCAUCCGAUGUCUCCCAAAUCUCUGAAGAUUCAAAGCAAGCAAAUGAGAAUGUUCAAAACCCAUCAACUACACCACAUUCUCUUUUUAGUGAAUGA